UCUCCUCUCCUCGUCUUCUCUCAUCUCGCGGCGGCGGCGGUGGCGGCGGCGGCGGAAGGUUGGUGAGGAAUGGCGCCCCCGGGGUCGCGGCGGUGGGCGUACGUGCGGGUCAUGGCCGGGACCAUCCUCGGCGGCGUGCUCGGCUUCUACGUCAUGCACCGCGUCGAGACCUCCUACAAGGCGAGGAUGGAGGAGAGGCUGCGCAGGUACGAGGCACACAUGCUCGCCAAGGCGAAGGAGGAAACGGAGCAGCGGCUGCAGGAUGAGGCACCGCAGCACAAGGACCAGGCCCAGCUCUUGCCGGACUCAUGAUCUCCUCUCGCGCCGGAUGCCUCCCUCCCUCCCGUUGUUAGAACAAUACCUAGUGGCCCAGACCUGUCCCAGACCCUUCCUCAGAAAUAGAUGACAAAUAACAAUCAAGCAUGUACUUCUGGAUUUAUACCAUUUUUGAACAUGAGAAGUGUUUUGUUCGGAGAAUGUGAAAAAUGCCUCCUUGUUUUGGCUUAUUGUAAUCGUAAUGGCUUGUUGUAGGCUAAGAUGAAUAUCUAUUUGAAGGUGGAAAGUGAAGUUUAUAAUUGUAUAAGUAUGCUUUGAUGUUCAUUUUCACCUACUUCCACACAAGCUGUAAAUUCGAAAUAUUGCAAAUUUGCAACAACAAAAGUAGCCAAUGGUUGAUUUGCCUCUGCAGAAUGGUAAAUUUCACCAUGUCCUUGGAAAUAUUUGUGUGCACGAUUACAU